UAGCUUAAAAAAACAACAAUAGUCUGUUGAUUUAAAGAACCUGAAACAUCAAAGACCUUACCAAAGAACCAUAGCUACUCAAACGAGCCACUGUGGAACCUGCUUUACUUUCUUCUGUCUUAUGGCCUUCUUUGAGACUCAGGCUUAUGAAGUGAGCUGAAUGUGUUGUGUGUAUCAGCAGUGAGGCGGUGUGGGAGAACAUGGUACGGAUGUGUGUGAAGAGUCGCCGUCUGGACGUGGUGUGCGUGUGAAAUGAAUCAUGCCAAAUGGCAUGCUGGAGAGUGCAGAGCGUUUGUAUAAGUCAUGCAGGAGGUUUGGUUUAUUGAAUAAGUUUAAUCAGGCGACUGGUCAGUGGCAGCAGGCGUUGGAGGGGGUUAGAAACACACGACCGCAUUCACCUCGAACCACUUAUUACAGCUACGCCAAACACCUGGAGGCCGUGAGAGACAAGAUCCUAGCGCUGGUGUAUUUUGAGAAGUCAGACACACAUCGGUUUGAAGUGCAGAGAAUGCUGAUAGAGGACAAUCUUUCACUGGAGAUCUACAUCAAUCAAAUGAUGACACUGUUAUCUAGGAAACAACCAAGAGGCGAGUGAGAUACCCAAUAAGACGGGCAACAGAGCAGAAUUACUUUGGCACUGCUUAGCAAUCCAGAAGACAUGAUGGACACAGCAAUGUAUUAUAAAGAGAAAGCAACUCAUGUGGGCCGAGCUGUUAUGCUUUAUCAUGAGGCAGGUCAUGUGUCUAAGGCUUUGAAGCUAGCUUUUGCCAGCUGAUCGCAGAGGACCUGAAUGAAAACAGUGACCCUGCCCUACUAGCACAAAAAGCUGUGGAAUUGUUGGUGGCUGCCAAAAAGGUAAUGCACACCAUGCUCUGUCAUACAAUCAAUCAUUUCAUAUUCAUAUCAUUUAUGCAUGCAAACCUGAACACAAAGGCAGUUUACAACAAGAACAAUAUUCGUAACUCACAAUGACUUUGUUUAUUUUAAGUGCAAGCUGCAGUUUUGUCAAAUGAUCAAUCUCUCGAAGCAACAUUAAUUCUGAUUGGCUGUCACUGUUUUAUCAUUCAUAAGCUGGACAGUUUGUUCCAACCAUAUCAUUCCACUUGCCAUUAUUAUCAUAGUUGUGUUCUAAUUUCGUUCUCAUGGAAUUAGAAUGAUUAUUAAAAGUUUAUAGUAAUAGUAGUAAUAGUAGAUUUAUAUAGAAAUCACAACAGUGUUUCGUAACUGUAUGCACAUGGAUUUGUGUGUGUGGUACUAUGAGGUGCUUCAGUUGUGUUUGGACCAGAGUUUGACCAUCACAGAGAGUCUGACGGUGCCAAAAGACUCGUCCAAUCUGUCUGAGGCCGAGAGAAAGGAGCUCCUGGAGAAAAUUACGACUUAGCCACUGAGAAAUACACACAAGCUGGAAACAAGAUCAAGUUUGCUGUUUCUCAGGGUGAGGAUCAUUAUGAACGCCCAUGGAGACUCGUGUUUAUAGAAACCAGACAUAACACACGUCUGACAGCUGCAGAACAUGGACUCGAGCAAUAAACACAGCUCAACUAACCAACUUCAGGAGCAAACUCACUCUCUGACAGACGAAAAUGUACAGCUGCGGGAACGAAAUGAAGCGCUGUUUAGUAAGCUUGACUCGGUCCAGAACAAACUGGGUCAGCAGGCUGCGUCAAAAAGUGACCUGUCAAUCAAACUGGUCCAGUGUGAGGAAGACAAACUGAAGAUAUCAAAAGACCUCGUUGAUGUGCAGAUUGAGGCUAAUAAAAUGAGAGAGCGCUAUGAAGCGGAGAUCUUUGAACUGAAAAACAUGGUUCUGUCUCAGGAGGGCACCGCCUCGUCUCUUCAGACAGAGUGUGACCGGCUCAGACAGGAAGUGUCAGCAGCAUCGGCACACUUAGAAGUCAUCGAGCGAAGUGAGCGUGACCUGGCCGAAGAGUACGGCGUGCUAAAGAGCAACUUCCUGUCUCUGAGCAGUGCUUAUGAAAGAGAACACACACACUCAGAGGAGCUCAGCGCCGAGCUGCUCGCCCUCGCACACACACACGACACACUCCUGCAGGAGAGAGAGCGCACACACAGACACACGCUGGAGGUGGAGAGGGUUCGAGCAAUGCUCAGCAGGACGUCCCAGAACAGAGUCAGGCCUGAUGAGUUCGAACAGAGCAAAAGCCAACUGGAAAAAAACGGAGUGCAGAAUAACUUGAGAGAUGAGUUUGAGAAACUGAAGAAAAGCUACGAGGAACGCCAACGACAGCUAGAGGAGAAAGUUGUGGCCAUGGGGAGGGAACAGCAGGAGAAUAAGAGAGCCAUUCAAAGCACCCAACAUGAGCUGUCCCAGCAGUCUGCAACGCUGAUUAUUUCUCAACAUCAGCUGAAAGAUGCUGAAGCUGAGGUUUCUAAACUACAAAAUCAUCUGAAGGAGCUCAACAGAGAGUACAGGGCACGACUCACACGCUACAUUCAGGACGUGACAGAGUGUCUCACCGCAGCUGGGGAGGGGGAUUUGGAAAAGAAGUUGAAGGGGUUUGUUGAGUCCAUGCUGGAGGAGGUGAAAACAUCGUAUCGCUCCAGAGAGGAACAGCUCACUAAAGCCGUCAGAACGUAUCGCAAACGCAUGCAGGGUCUGAGCAACACGUAUCAACAACUACUCAUUGCUUACAGACUGCAACGUGAGCAGAUCCUGGCACUCCCUGAACACACUUUAGAGGCCGGACCCCCUGAGGCCCACUUCAGUCCCGCGGGGGCCGAACUGAGAGGAGAGACCGAGAGAGAACUACACAGACUGAGAGAGGACAAAGCCCGCCUGGAGAGCCAACUGAAACUGGCUCGAGAACAGAUGGCUGAAUCUUCUCAGAGCAGGGUUGGACUAACUCAAGACGCCUGGAAUGAUGUUCAGAAGCAGAUAAGAGCAAUAACCAGCUCCACACAGGAAGCUCAAGAGAGGGAGCGUGCCCAACUGAUCACAAGGGCGACGGUUGCAGAGGAGCAGGUGUCUGAGCUGAAGGAGUAUGUGGACAAUCACCUGGGCAGGUAUAAACUGGAGAUAACGCGGCUGCGCAGGCUGCUGGGAUCACAGGAGGGAAGAUCAAAUAGUGCAAGAGCCUAUAAGCCCCGCCCACUUCACAAACCACUCAAAAGCAGCAGUUAUGAAAUAUAAUGAAGCAGUGCAUAAGCCCUGCCCACUCCAUAAAUGAAUCAAAGUCAGCAGUUUUUAAAUAUAGUGCAGGUCUUCAUAAGCUACGCCUGCUUCAAAAGUCACUCUAAAAUAGCAGUUAUCAAAUUAUGUGCUGCUAUCUAUAAGCACCGCCCACUUUACGUGUCACUCACAAACAGCAGUUGUUAAAAUAUAGGACUUAAACCCCACCCACUUCUGAUGUCACUCAAGAGCAGCAGUUCAGAAAUAUAGUUGGCAGCAGUGCAUAAGCCCCGCCCACUCCAAAAAUCAACCAAAAACAGCAGUUUUUUAAAUACAGUGUAGGACUUAAUAAGCCUUCCUCACUCUGUAAAUCAGUCAGCAACAACAUUUAUGAGAUAUGGUGCAGUACAUAAGCUCCGCCCACCCUGUAAAUCCAUCAACAACAGAAGUAACGAGAUAAACCAUUGAAAUAUUUUAGACAUUUUUGCAGCCUGCAGAAAAACAUGAUUUGGUUAGUAAUUUCAGCUCAUAAUAUGAAACUAAUGGUGUGAUAAGCUUUCUUAGGCCUAAUUAAAAUAAUCAUAAACCGCAUUAGACAACCACGAAGUGUUUACAUGCACAUCUUACGCCAGAAGACAUGAAAUGUCAUUUAAAUCAUUUCAUUUUAAAAUUAGAAUUUUUUUUUUUUUUUGCAUAGAAACACUUUUAUUAUGUCAAGGUGUUUUUUUUCAUGAUGGGGUUUAUUGAUUUGCAUGCAAACCAUAAAAACAGGGUUAUAAAAUAGAUUGAUUUUUGAUCAUUAUAAGGGUUUUGUUGUACAGUUAAAACCAACACAGCAAUAUGACUUUUACUCCGUGUUUCAAUCCUUAAGAAACGUGUGUGUUUGUGUGUGUGUGUGUGUGUGUGUGUAACUGAAUUUGCUCUUCCUUCCUGAGAAACUAUGUGUGGAAUGUUUGUGAAGCUUAUGUCAAUGUAACGGGCUGCGAGAAUGAAAGGCUGCUGACAAUUAAUUGUCUGAUGGGUAGUAGUUCACACACAUGCUGAUCUCUGGGAAACACACGACACUAAAUGUGACAGACAUGUUAUUUGUACACGUAAUAAAUCAAUUGCUGUGGUUUCAGUCGUAUCAGUGUUUUACACACUCUGUUUUCAAGCUUUUAGGCAUUUAAUGCAUUUAA